AUGGAAGGUCAAGGCGAUAACGACGAGCUCUACCCCAUCGCCGUCCUGAUCGAUGAACUCAAGCACGAGGAUGUCCUCCUUCGCCUAAACGCCAUCCAUCGCCUAUCCACUAUUGCUCUGGCUCUUGGCCCAGAACGAACACGAGACGAAUUGGUGCCUUUCCUUGACGACUCUGUCGAAGAUGAAGAUGAAGUGUUGACGGCGCUCAGCGAGGAAUUGGGGAAUUUUGUGGAGUAUGUUGGUGGCCCAGAAUACGCACAUGUUCUACUAUCUCCGUUGGAGAAUCUGGCCGCGAUUGAGGAACCAUUGGUGCGAGAAAAGGCGGUCGAAUCACUGAACAAGAUUUGCGGUCAUCUUUCGCCAAAGCAGAUUGAAGAUUACUUCAUACCCCUCACUGUGCGCCUCUCAAAAGCAGACUGGUUUACCUCGAAAAUAUCCGCUACUGGCCUCUACAGCGCUCCGUAUUCCCAUGCCUCUCCUGCUCUGCAGCAAGGGCUUCGACAGCAGUUUGGGCAUCUGGUUCACGAUGAUACUCCGAUGGUUAGGCGGCAGGCUGCAAAUAACCUUGCGAAGUUCACCAAGGAGAUGACUACGCCAAUAAUCAUAGAUGAAAUAAUUCCUCUUUUCCAGUACCUUGCCAAUGACGACCAGGAUAGCGUGCGACUAUUGACAGUGGAUAUCUUGAUAUCGAUCUGCGAGGAGAUUCCGAAAGAGCAACAGUCAAGCCAUGGGGUCCUUUUGACUGCACUGCGAAGUUUAUUCGAAGACAAAAGCUGGCGCGUUAGGUACAUGGUGGCUGAUAGGUUUGAAAAAAUCGCAAAAGCUGUCGAUGAUGAGGUGUUGAAUCGCGAUCUUGUCCCCGCCUUCGUCAAGUUACUGAAAGAUACCGAAGCAGAAGUUCGCACAGCAAUCGCAGGGCAAAUUCCUGGUUUCUGCGAGCUUCUCGAUAGAGAUACCCUUUUGAAUGAAAUAAUGACUACCAUUGAAGACCUUGUAGCCGACCCCUCUCAACAUGUGCGUGCCGCACUAGGGACCCAGAUCAGUGGUCUAGCACCGAUCCUUGGUAAAGAUGAAACCAUUGCACACUUGCUCCCUAUGUUCUUGCAAAUGUUGAAAGAUGAAUUUCCCGAUGUCCGUCUUCAUAUCAUAUCCAAAUUGGAAUUGGUCAAUAAAGUAAUUGGAAUCGAACUUCUAUCCCAAUCUCUACUUCCUGCCAUUGUUCAGUUGGCGGAAGAUAAGCAGUGGCGCGUUCGUUUAGCGAUUAUCGAAUAUAUCCCCCUUCUUGCCAGUCAGCUUGGCGUUAAGUUCUUUGAUGAACAACUCAGCGCUCUUUGUAUGGGCUGGCUUGGGGAUGCGGUCUUUUCCAUUCGAGAGGCAGCCACUCAGAACCUAAAAAAACUUACCGAAGUGUUUGGGGUGGACUGGGCGAAAGAUUCUAUUAUUCCAAAGGUUAUCUCGAUGGGCCAACAUCCAAACUACCUGUACAGAAUGACAACCUGUUUUGCCAUUUCCACGCUCGCCCCGGCCAUCAAUCUCUCCAUCAUCGAGACAUCCAUUCUUCCAGUCCUGGAGAGACUCGUGAGUGACGAUAUCCCAAACAUCCGUUUCAACGUCGCCAAAUCCUACGCUGUCAUUAUCGAUACUCUUCGCUGCUUACCUGCGGAGGGCACGCUGGCUGAGCUUGAGAAAUCUGGCCAAACCGGUACCCCAGGGCCACGUAACUACACCAUCGUACAGCAACAGAUUCUUCCCAAUCUCGAGAAACUGCAGCAGGACGAGGAUGUUGAUGUACGAUACUUUGCCACGACGGCUGCGAGUAGUUUUGCGGAAAAUAUGCAGACGUCGCCAUAA